GAAGCAUCACAGCAGCAUGGACAUUGCAGCUUGUGAGAAACGGGGUUUUCGCAGAGAGUCUAAGAAGGAAAGGAAAAAGUCUACUCGAAAUUGAAGGGGAGUAGAGUUGCGACGAACUCCCAGCUGGGAUUGGUGCGGAAACGCUAAAAACCCACCCAGGCACGCCAGGAUGCGCCACUUACCGCCAGCUUCGGACGAAGUCCAUGCUCCACACAGCUCCGCCGCCACCGUCGCCGCCGCCGCGGCGACCAUGAGUUCCUAUUUGGGCAGUGUCGGCAAGUCGGUCUGUCGGGCGGGUCGCCGGUCCCCGCAUGGACGGCUAUCGGCUUGUCCAUUUGCCCGGCAUCGACGGAGAAAGAGGAGUCUCGGGCUCCGGAGGGUUUGCGGCCUGAGCAUGACGACGUUGUUCCGGACGCAUGACGCUGCGGCGCUCGUGACUCAACCGUCAUUUCGUGUUUCUCGUGUACGCGGGCUCAUCGGGAUGGCUGACGAGAGAUAGGUUUUGCGGACAGGACGAACCUCUGUCUCC